UCCGGAAGUGCCGCACGUGCGCUUCCCUGCGAGCUCCCGGCGUCUGCGCUCGCUUGUCACUGGCCAUGGGUCGUUCCCGCCGGACGGGCGCUCACCGUGCGCACUCCUUAGCCCGCCAGAUGAAGGCUAAGCGGCGGCGGCCCGACCUGGAUGAGAUUCACCGCGAGCUGCGGCCGCAGGGGCCCCCGCGCCCCCCGCUCCACCCGGACGCCGAGCCCGACCCUGACCUGCCGGGGGGCGGCCUGCAUCGCUGUCUGGCCUGCGCGAGGUACUUCAUUGACUCCGCCAACCUGAAGACCCACUUCCGGUCCAAAGACCACAAGAAAAGGCUGAAGCAGCUGACCGUGGAGCCCUACAGUCAGGAAGAGGCAGAGAGGGCGGCGGGCAUGGGCUCCUAUGUGCCCCCCAAGAGGCUGGCGGUGCCCGCAGAGGUGUCCACUGAGGCUCCCGAGAUGGACACGUCUUCUACCUGACAGGGCCUGCAGCUGCGGGGCCCGCCAUGGACAGUGACACGAGGGCUGGUCUGGGAGAGCGAUCCAGCCGCUCGGGUUUGGGAAGUGACCGGUCUCUGGGUGUUCUCCCCAAAUAAAGGAACUGGACAAAGAGGACUAGCCUUUGACUGUGGUGUCCAGGCCACUGCCCCCAGACUCCUGCCCUGGGAGGGUUCCUCUGCCGUUUUCUCCGUACCGAGCCGUGUGUUUCUACUCCCCACCUGCCCAGCUUUGGAGCCCAGGCGCCGAGCGGAGUGGAGUGGAGUGGGCUGGGUUUAUUCUGCCUGCUUCCGCCCAGGGCUCCCCAAAUUGCAGCCCCCCCGAGCCACCUACCCCACUGCCUCGCUGAGAGGCUGCCUGCUCCUCAUGGGGCCUGUGGCGGCCGCCGCUGCC